CUCAAUGCACGAUACUUUUUGGUUAUUUGUUUUCUUCUAUGUAAUAUAAGCACUUGUCUUCAAUACUUCAAGUUAGACUGAAGAAAGGUAAGCAGAACUCUUUUCAACAUUCAAGAAUUGUGUAGCCAGAUGUUUCAGAUCUCCUAUGACCAAGCCUAGUUUACCGUUCUGUUUAUCGUGAACGUGAUGUAAUUUAAUUUUGCCCUUCAGUCGUUCAGAAAAAUAUUUCCUCAAGUCAUAAAAUGCUCGCCUCGUCCCCGAAAUAGUCGUUCUUAUGAUAAUGUGUGGAAAUAGUCCAUUCAAAAACGCCAAAAUUUUUAUAUAACCUCACUACAGUUUCCGUGAGAAUUUACGUUGCUGCAAAGAUAUACUCCGGUUUGCAUUGUAGAAGAUUGAUCCUUUGUUCAUUCGCAUAUCAUCGCUCGCUUGAAUGACUAAACCUACCGAUAUGUAUACCAAUCUCUCUCCAUGUCAUAAGCACAUAAGGCUUUGACAUUGCCCUUCCGUCCACUUCGGUUUCCUGUUAGAGCGCUAACAGUCGCUCGAGACUGCCACCCAGCAGCUGGCUUUUUGUUCUCUAUCAUUCUCCUCCAUGUUGUUUUGGGUCUUCCCCUCCCCUAGCUCUGGCAAAUGAUUAAAACAAAUGCUAACUAGGUGCCACACGCAUGAUUUUCACGAUUAGUUUCAGUAACCGUAGUUUGACCACGCUCAGGGUGAGACCCAGGAAAUUGUUGUGGCGCGCGUUUGAAACAAAUUGCAAAGAUCUUUCUUUAGGGACGGAGGGGGGUGCCUCAGUGUUUCCCGCUGAUUUACUACUUUCACGCAUGCGCGGUAACUGAACUUGCUUUUUUGACGUUCAUGUGUUUCCGUCAGAAGAGGUCAAAGCUCUAAGAAACCAGACCUGUGAGAAACAAUAUUUUGCUACGUUUACUUUUGGGCCAAGUAAUAGACGGCGGAGCUUUGAAAACAUAUGGUCGGACUCAACUGGCUUGCCGAUGGCUGGGCAAGGCUGCCUUGUUUUUCUAGCCCCUUGUGGUUAUUUUUGGCAACUAGAAGUCUUUUUAAUUUUUUUUUUUUAUGAUCUAAUCACAUGUUAGUUACCAAUAAAGUUGUUGUUGGUAUUGUCAGGAGUUUGUUGUAACGGUUGUCGUGCAUAUUCCGGUGAUUAAAAUUAAAUCAGCUCGACUCAAAAACGUUUAGGAUCAUUUGGCCAGCCAUGAAUACGGUGUUGUAAUCCGUCGGGGGCGGAGGGAGGGGUUGCAGCCAUGUGAAAGGAUUGGGGAUGCUCGUUGAAAAAUUUAAAUUAAACCCCUAAAGGCGACCAAUUUGGGCGUGGCUCGAACUUUAUUUGACCCCUAAAUUAAAAGAUACCACAACGGCUAUUUUUUUACUUUGAGAGCAACCAUUAAGGAUAAGUUAACGGCUAAAAAUAGUGGCGUUUCCUCCUGAACUCCUUGAUUCAGACCGAGAUCCGUGAUUUACCACCCCCCCUGCUAAGGGAGACGACAAGGAUCCCCCCGACCUUUUUACAUGGGACUCCCCCUUCCCACCAAUAUUGUAAUUUCCUUAAAAAUAUUCCCCUAUACCUAGAGUCAAGAAACCCCUGAACUGCCUGUUUAUUCAAUCAUGAUAAUCUAAACAUUCGUAUUAAGCCUUUCAAAGGGGCCGAGCAUGAUGACUAAUUGUGUAAGAAAACCCCAGGCUAAAUUCCCGGAAUGCUUGCUUCUCUUAAGAUGAUGAAACCUUUCCACAGCUCCAUCGUUGUUUACAGGUAGAGCUUCCGAAACAUUUGUUUCGCUUGAGAGCUUUUCCUACGAAUUCAACAGUGGUUAAUUGUUGUAAAGAAAAAAGCCUAUCUUACGAAAAUUGAGCCUCAAAAGAAAACCCAUUUAUACCCAAAUCACCCAAUGAAAAUACAAUUAAUAAUCUCUAUGAUAUUAAUUUAAUAUUACUCUUUGUUCGUCGUUCCCCGGUUUAAAUUGCUUUUGAAAUCAUAUCCUAUUUUGUAAGAUCACAUUGAUGAUUGUGUAAUGCCUGAGUUUGACCGUGGAGACUUCUUUUCGACAACUGAAAAACUCCACUGGUAAAGAUCAGGCCCAAUAUCACUCAGAUUUUAUCUGACACAGAUUUCACACGAAAAGGCAUAUUGGAAUAUUGCCGAGAAAUUUAAACGAUAUUAAAACUUGAGUUGAAAGACAUUAAGGAUUCGCAAUUAAAUUUAACAAGGGUUAUCAACGAGAAAGCCUUUGAGAGAUCUAAUUGCCGAAAGAACGAUUGGCUUAUACGAAGUUUCAUUUGGGAAAACCGGAAAAAACAACUAGAUAAUGUCCGCAGGCUGGACUUGUUAAAUUCUAUAGUUACCGUAUUAUCUAGCUUCUGCCAAGAUCUGGAACCUGUAAGCUUAUUGUGUAUGAUGAUGAUUUCUUUACUCUUCUCAAGAAGUGAAUGGGUUAAAAGUCAAUAAACGCCAGUCGUUUUCGUUUAUAAAGACGUCAAAUCUCUAAUUGGGCACAUCGGUUCUCAUUCAACUUCACAAUGAUUGAAAACGUCUUUGGGGCUUUUCCCCGGUAUAUUUAAUUUGUAAAUACAUUGGCUGGGUUUCCGUCGGUAGCACAUGUAAUCAAGGUUGUCGAUCUCACAUGUAAAAUUAAAACUUUUAUUGAACUCCCACAAAAACAAAAAGAAAACAAAGGCAACAUACAGACUAGCAACGGGUCUGUCGUGUCAAAUUUUAAUUAACGUCUUGAGAAAAAAAUUAUUUUUGAUGCGUUUUGGUUUCCGCGGAGAACAGAUAUCGUAAACUAAUCGGCGUCAAAAACCAGUUGUCGUUUUUAAGCGUCCGUGAUAACAAAAUGAAAAAAUAAGGCAACCUUAACUAAAUAUUAGCUAGGAAUUAUUGGUUUCCAUUUUUUACAAGGGCUUCUCCGGUGUAAACAGAAAUCAAUGCGUGCAUAAGAGGUAAUUAUUCUAUACGUGUCAUCACUAACGUAAAAGACAGCGGUGUUAACUCGAGUGCAUGAAACAUUAGAGGUUAUAUUCCUUCGCGCAAUUAUUAGUGUGUGAAUUUUAACGCCAUUUGGAAGUGCCAAUUCGCUCCAACGCGUUUAAUAUAUAAUGCAAUUUUCGCCUUAAAACUGUCACCCAUCCUUCAUUUCCAGUGGAUACGACUUGGCAACAGAAUUGUGAGCCACAUAUGGGUUUUUCCCACGUCUGUGGACUCGAGUGAAAGCAGCAUAAGACAUGCCAACUAGCAGAUCGUAAGCCAACGAGACUUUGUUCCGAACGAAACGAUUUUGAGUAUGGAUUUUCACGACUAACCCACCCGAUCAUCUACCUCACGUACGCAAUGAACGGCACGUCCGCCAAUCACACCACAUCAAGCGCCUUGCAAACAACCGUUAACCUCGCAGUCUACUUCAUCACGUUCUUUGUUGGCCUCACGGGAAAUCUAUUGGUAGUGGUCAUUAUAAUCAGGAGAAAGACGAGAAAACGCAUGAACGAUUUUUUCGUGUUGAACCUCAGUGUAUCCGAUCUCUGCCUGAUCGUUUUCUGUUUGCCACCGUUGAUCUACGUGGAGUUGAUCGGGUUUGUUGGUUCUCGGUUUUAUUGCAAGUUUGUAUGGCCGAUGGUGACAGUCUCGUAUUGUUCAAGUAUUUACACCAUCACUUCCAUGGCGUGCUAUCGCUGCAAAGUGCUCCUUCAUCCUUUUGAGCUCCCGCCUUGUAAGAAAACUGUCCUGUUGUGGAUCUCAACGAUAUGGUUCCUCUCCUUCGUGGUAGCAACACCGCUAAUAGUCGCCUCAAAAUUCAAAGAAGAUUUCCACGGCAGCACAUGUUAUGAGGACUGGCCCAGCAUCAGUUUUAAGCGAGGCUAUACCGUAGCUCUCUUCAUUUUGCAAUAUCUGUUACCCUUGUUGACGAUAGCCGUCGCCUACAUACGAAUCGGUAUCGAUUUGACACGAACCAAAGUUCGGCGAGCGUCGGUUACUAAACGUGGCGAGGUUUCGGCUGGAGGAGUUCGAAAGGAGAAUAUAAAGAUCAUCAAGGUUUUAUUAACAAUUGUUAUUUUGUUUGCAUUUUGCAUGUUACCGGUUCACCUCGCGUGGAUGUCGUUGGAUUUUGGCGGCAAACGAGGGGUCGAAAUCUCGGACAUCAUUUUCCGAUUUUCGGACAUUUUGGCCAUCUUGCACAGCUGCCUAAAUGCAGUGAUCUACGGAGCUCUUACGAAACACUUGCGACAUGGAUUUGUAAAGUAUCUGUUACGUCCUCUAUCCAUUUGCUACGAAUUCCGAAAUGAUGAAUCAAGAACCAGUUCGCAGAGGAGGCGAACAAACGAACCUUCAGCGGAGGAGAUGGAGACGUUUUCUUUUCGCGGCAAAAGUAGUUUUUCACACAAAACUGUCGUUUAACACCGGGAGGUCCAGCCUCUUUCCCAGAACAAGCAUUCUGCAUGGAAACGAGGUUACGCGCGCCAAGUAAACUAAUCAUUUGUUCUCUUUUUCUGUUUUAUAUUUGUAAAUGUUGCUCUUAGUAGCGGAUGAAAUAUUGAACGUUUUCUAUGCCAAAUCCAUGACAAUGUACCGCUAUUUUUAUGAGCCCACGGUUUUUGUGAAAAAUUGCUAGGCAACAGAAAGUAUCACUUUGACGUCAUGCUGUCGUGUAAGGUUUCGGUGUCCUCGUGACCACCCCUGUGUUCUUCUGAUUGGUUAGAAGGAAUCAAAAUGCUUCCGCCCACUGGCACAAACCAAAUAAAAUCAUCAAAGUUUAAGGCUCUUAAAACAGGUCACAACAAGGCAUCCUCAUUACCGGAAAACAACAUAUCAUUAAAAAACUUUACUUU